GCGGCCGCCGGGGCAGCGCUGGUCGGCGGAGCUCGGGCCCGGCGGGGGAUGGAGGCCGCUCCGCUCCCCUCCCGACACCAUGCUGCUGGGCAGGAAGCCGGAGGCCGCCCUCGGUGCAGGUUUGGAGAUGGAUUGUAUGACUCCUACAUGAGGAUAGAUCAAAUUAGGUACCAAGAGGCUACAAAUGAAGAACACAGCCCCUCAGGACUUCCUUCCCUGGCAAGAGCUAAUGUUUCUAGCAACAAACUUGGGAUGAAGGAUCACCCUCUGACUGGAGGUCAGGUCAAAGUGGAGCAAUUAUUUGAGGACUCUGGGAACAGAAGGAGUAGCAUUCUUCAGACUACGGGAAUUACCAGUUCAGAAAGAUCUCUUCCUUCCCUGACGAAAGAUAGAAGCAUAGAGAGCAUAAGCACUUCUAAAGGUGGUGGUAGUUCCUCAAAAGCACAUAAAGCCAUUUCCCAAGCUCCAGAGCAAGCUGUCAAACAGUACAAACAUCAGUUAUCUGCUUAUGAACAGCAGGAGAUAUUUAAUUUUUCUGAGAUCUACUUUGUGGGUCCAGCUGCAAAAAAGAGGCAGGGGGUAAUCGGUGGCCCCAACAAUGGAGGCUACGACGAUGAACAAGGCAGCUACAUUCAUGUGCCCCACGACCAUCUUGCUUACAGGUAUGAAGUCCUCAAAAUCAUUGGCAAGGGCAGUUUUGGACAAGUUGCUAAAGUCUACGACCACAAACUCCACCAACACUUAGCCUUAAAGAUGGUGCGCAAUGAAAAGAGAUUCCAUCGCCAAGCAGCAGAAGAAAUUCGGAUUCUGGAGCAUCUGAAGAAGCAGGAUAAAACAGGCAGUAUGAAUGUUAUCCACAUGCUGGAAAGCUUCACCUUUCGGAACCACAUCUGUAUGACAUUUGAGCUCUUGAGUAUGAACCUGUAUGAGCUGAUUAAAAGAAAUAAGUUUCAGGGCUUCAGUAUCCAACUGGUGCGCAAGUUUGCUCACUCUAUCCUGCAGUGUUUGGAUGCCCUUUAUAGAAACAAAAUCAUACACUGUGACUUGAAGCCAGAAAACAUCCUCCUAAAACAGCAAGGAAGGAGUGGAAUUAAGGUUAUAGAUUUUGGGUCCAGCUGUUUCGAGCACCAAAGAGUCUACACAUAUAUUCAGUCUCGAUUUUAUCGGGCACCAGAGGUAAUUUUGGGAAGUCGCUAUGGGAUGCCCAUAGAUAUGUGGAGUUUUGGCUGUAUUCUGGUGGAGCUACUGACUGGAUACCCUCUCUUUCCUGGAGAGGAUGAGGGAGACCAACUGGCUUGUAUGAUGGAACUUCUUGGAAUGCCACCUCAGAAGCUUUUGGAUCAAUCCAAGCGAGCCAAGAACUUCAUCAACUCUAAGGGUCAUCCUCGCUACUGCACUGUGACUACACAUGCAGAUGGAAGAGUGACCCUUAAUGGGAGUCGAUCACGCCGGGGUAAAGUCCGAGGUGCUCCAGGGAACAAAGACUGGGUGACAGCACUGAAAGGUUGUGAUGAUCCCUUGUUUAUAGAGUUCUUGAAGGAGUGUCUCAGCUGGGAUCCUUCCACACGCAUGACACCGGGUCAAGCUUUAAGACACCCUUGGAUUUGUAAACGAACCCCCAAACCCCCCAGCACUGACAAACCUUCCACUAAGAGGAUUUCCAGCUACACAAGUUCUUUCACAGGAAUAGGUUCCAAGUUGCCUCCUGUAGCUGGAGUAGCCAACAAGCUGAGGGCUAACUUAACCACUGACUCCAGUGGAGGUAUAUCUCUAUGUACUGUGCUACCCAAACUGGUCAGCUAAUGGAGAAUGAUGCAUUUCCAGAAUACAUCCCUUGUAUUUUAAUUGUUAAUAAUGUGUAAGGAAGUUAAAUGCAGAGGUUUUUAAUGGUUUUACUUUUUAUUAGAGGCUAAAUCUCAACUACAAAAAGCUCCAUCAAAUGUACACAUUUCAAGGGCUAACUUUUAUCCAACUGUUCACUCACAAUGUGGUGCAUAUAUUACCUGACUGGGUAGGUCAGCUCAGCUAUCGAGUGAAAUGACAGUUUGGCAGACAUGCCUAUAAUGCUGGGUUAGAAAUCAAACUGAUUCUUAUCAGGACGGUUUAACAGAUUCUUUUGCUUAUGACAGCAAGGAAAAUGGAUUUAUAAUACAUGUUUCAGUUCAUCUCCAACUGAACUCUUUUUAGGAGAGUUUUUACAUCAGUUGUCAAAAGCACAAAUGUGUUAAUGUAAUGCAUUAGGAACUUGCAAAUUGCUAACAUAUUUAAAGAAUUUAAGUUCUCUGCAUUGCCUUCCCCUUAUCUACCCUGACUGAGAUUUUUAAAAGUACCAUGGGAUGUAGACACCAAAGGAAUUUGGUGUUGAAAUUUUAUCAUCUGAAUAUUACUUUUCUUUCUCCAAAGGAGCAUAGAAAUGUCCUGAAACAGAGGAUAUAUCUUGAUCAAACUAACAGCUUCUCUGCAGUUGUUAUUUCCUGUAGAACUCCAUGGAAAGCUGGGAGGGGAAUUCAAGAUCAGGACUGAUCCAUUCCAAGUGUGUGCUGGUUUGUUCAGGGCUAAUGAAUCGAUUCCAUGUUGCUUUGGAGCUCAGAUUUAUUAAUUUUCAGCAUCAGUUCUGCCAGGUGUGUGUGUUUGUUUGCCUGUGUUGUUCACAAACCAAAAAUGAUGAACUUAAAGAGCUGGUUUAUUCACACCUUUGAGAUUCUGGUCAGCUUAAUGUCUAUUUUUGCCCUGUAGAGUGAAUUCCUUUGCAGUACAUGGAGCUCUUUUAAUAAAAAGCAAACAUGCCACCCCUAUCAGACAGUACAAGUUUGUAAGGCCCAGGACUGUAAAUAGAAACUGGGAGUGGAGGGGCACACCUAAUAAGUGGAAGCAUGCUCUGAAAUCUAAGCAUAAUCUGUGGAAUACCAGGAAAAGAUUGAGAAGGUGCAAGAACUGGUGAAUCCAAAUCAAAAUGCCCUAUGGGAGGAGUUGCUUUAUUUCUAAUCUUACUCCUUCAGGCCCUUGAGAGAGAGAUGUCUGUGUUUUCUCAUUCUUGAAAUCCGUGAGCUUGUAUUUCCUCUUCCUUUAUCUUCCCAGAACAUGAAAAGGUGGCGUGACCUGGAAUGACAACAGCACAACUUGUUCGGGUUGUUACUUCUUGCAGCCACAUGGCCCGAGUCCAUUUGCAAAACCAUCUGAUCUCUUGCCAGGUGCCUGCACAGAAUUUUAAACACAAUUUAGAGCUUUUUCUGAACAGCAGGUUUGAAAUCGAACGAGUUUCUGUGUCGCAGGUUUUUAGUGUUACAACAAAGGGAUUAUCAGGGGGAAUUUUAAGAUAAGGUGACCGCAUGUUCCAUGCAAGACCCUUCCUCUGAGAAGAUGGGGCUGCUUUUUCUCUUGUGCUCUAAUUACAGCGUUGGUGAAAUGCUGGGUGGAGACCUGUAUAAAACAUCAGAAAGAGAGCCAAAGCUCCAGACUUUCCAAGGCUGUUGUUUCAAUGGAGAUUCUGUGUACGUGGCUUUUCUGAGUUCUUUUGUUUUAUGAGUGUGAGGUCAAUAAGCUUAGUAAGAAUAGUAAAAUAACAGUCUAACCUUUAUCUGUGCACCUACAAGUGGUACCAAGGUUUAUGGUAUGUGCAUGGCUCACUUCAUAAUAACACAUGACUGGUAUAUUUUUAUUUUGACAGGUUUAGUGAAGUUUUAUUUGAAUGGAGAAUUGGGGAAGUGAUUUGGGGGGAAGUGGCAGCAGAUACCAUUGAUUUUAGCAGAAUUGCUAAUAGAUGUGGCAUGUUUUCAGAAGCCAGAAACAUUCUUCCUCCUCUGCCCUUUAUCUAUGCAUUUUUUAACAGAAUAUACCUGGUGAGUGAGGAGAAAGAAACCUUUCAGGAGCAAUAGCUUGUUAGGAAAGAUGCAUAGGAAAGCACUUUGUUUAAAGAGCAUAAAGUAAUGGUGGUGUCGGAGCCUGGCAGGAGGCAGUGGAGUGUUGGUGCGCUAGGAGCUGUACAAACAGAUCUCUUAGGAACACAGAGCAGGAUCUUGGUUCUAAACUGUUUUCAUCUCUAAAAUGCCAAAUGGAGAACUAAUCAUUCUCUUGUGACUUCUGGGAAGUAGUUGCUAGAGGGUAACUUCUAAUGUGGGAGCCUCGGGUGUGCACACAGUAAUCUCAAGGUUGGUGCUGGAAAGCUGCAGCUGAAGUAAUUAGCUGGCAAGAGCUAAUUCCUUUUUGUGUAGAAGAUGUGUUCAGCAUGACCUGACUGCACAGGGUGCCUGCUAUGAGUUGUGUCUGUGUCAGACUAGCUCUUUCUUACUGGGGACUACUGCAUUUUAAAAUGAAGAGCAUAGUUAACUGUUCGUGCUAAUUUGGGGCUCUUGUCUAUAUAGCCAUAGUAGGUGAGGAGGAAAAGGAAGCAGCCUCAGCAGUGUUUUACUGGGUUGAAAAGGAUUUCUUUAUCCUUUAUAUAAAUAUUCCAGGGAAUAUUUUAGUCUUGUUUCCAGUAACUAAGCCAUUUCUUUAUGAAAUGAUUGCUUUCAGUGAGGGGACACAGUAUCCCAGCACUGGGAGAGCACUCCACAUGAGCUGAUACAUCUCCUAGCUGGGACAGAGCUGAGGAAUCAUCCCUGCAAGCACCUCACUUGUGUUCCCUGUGAAUUAGCACAGUUGCCCACAGCUGCGUGUGUAGGGUUGGACCAUGGCCUGCAUAGUUGGAUGGUGUAGUUUCAAAAGUGAUCUAAAACUAACCUUGUCUGAAUAGAUUACUAGAGCAGCUUUUGGUUUUGGGGUCACUCUCUGCUUUGCUGGUUUGUUAACCUGCCAGCCAUGGUGAGGUUCCACUGGAACUUCAGCUGUGUUCUAGGAAGUCAGCAUAAAACAAAUGCACAUUUACUUGGGUUUACAGCAAAACAGCCAUCACGUUUCUGUUUUAAACCUUCUUUACAACCUUCCCAAUGUUUACCACACUGCUGUUGUCUUUGUGUUGUAAAUGACAAGCUCUGUUUAUUGUCUGCAUUUCCAACUGUUUGGUUUAGCAAUAUUUUCAUCUAAACAAAUGCCACCUUGCGCAUCCCAUCUGACAAAUACAUUCUGCUUUUACACUGGGCUCCAAGUAGUUAAUGCCUGUCCAUGCAGGGAGAAACUUGGGUUUCACUGAGCUUGGUGGGACAGGCAAGUCAUUGUCUUCCCUGCAGAACACGGUGCUGCAGGCACACAGGCACACACCCCCCUCAGGCUGCCUUUAGUUCUUUGCAGGUUUGAUCUUACCAACACCAGCUGCUGAACAUGAAGCUUGUUUUCCAACUGUGACCUGAUCCUAGGGAUCUGUGUACAACAGAUGCUCUUCGCUAGUUUUUUAUCCCAUUGUGCAGUGACCUGAGAAUUCACAACAGACUUACUGGAAAGCUUUACAGAAGCUGUUCCCUGGGAGGGUGCUGAGGCACUGGCACAGGGUGCCCAGAGAAGCUGUGGCUGCCCCAUCCCUGGCAGUGCUCAAGGCCAGGUUGGACACAGGGGCUUGGAGCAGCUGCUCCAGUGGAAGGGGUCCCUGCCCAUGGCAGGGGUUGGAGCUGGAGGAGAUGUAAGGUCCCUUCCAACCCAAACCAGUCUGGGAUUCUACAACUUUUGUGGAAGAGUCUGUUGCUCAGUGUGAAAUUCCUUCCAAUCCUUGUGCCCUGUUAGGACUUUGAUGCAGUUCAAAACUUUAUAAGCAGCAUUUUCUCAGCAGAGGUUCUUUGCAACACCCAUCUGCUUUAAAACUACCUCCAGACUAAACAUAGGGUCUUUUUUAAAGGGAUAUUCACUGCAGACUGCAGCUAUUUUUCCUUGUUUAAUAGUAGUAGCUGUUUUGGCUGUGGAACAUACACAUGAUGAUCUCAGCAAUGUCUUACUAAUCCUAGCCAGACAAGCGAAUGGCUGAUUCUGCACCCAGCCAUCUCUGCUGCAGUGUUGGCUCCAAACCCCAUGGGCUGCUGUGGAAGUGGAAGCCAAAGCCCUGUGGAUCACUCUGCUGCACUUCCCUGCAGCACCCAGCUGAGAUCCAAACCACUCUGCGCAGAAAGCCUUUGCUUCAGUGAGAAACCCAGGAGCUUUGGCAGUCCCGAGGUAACAGUUGGACUUGAUGGCCUUAAAGGGCUUUUCUAACUUAGUUGAUUCUAUGUUGAGCACCCGGAGCUGUGGGUUCCUGGUAGUUCUAUAAGCUGGACAUCAUGGGUUUAUACUUGGAGCUUCUCAUAGAUACCACUUGAUAUUUCUUAUGUUUUUAUUGUUAACUUGAUAAGGGUUUGGGGAGAUGCAUACACUUCAUUCUUCCCAUACAAGAGCCUUUCUGCAUUCUCCACUGAUAGAGCUUUUGAACCCCCUGGAACAGGUAAAACCCUGGGGCCAUGAGAGCAGUCUUGGGUAGGUGAACGCUGUCCCUGCACUGAGGGACUCCACAUGCAGUUCUUGCAGACGGGCUGGCUGGCUCAGGGAGUCAGUGUUGCUAAAGACUAACCCGUGUUCCCCAUCCAGAGAACUGUGCCUUAUUAUUUUACCAGCCUACAUCUGUCUCGGUGCAACCAAAUGACUCUUCAGGGGUUCUUACACAUUGCAGAGGUUCAUACUCAGUGUCGAUGUCUGAAGACUUUACAGGUUAGCCUGUUUAUUAUAAGUAUUGUGAUGAGGUGUAAUAUGGUGGGGACUGUAGGAAACAUUUAAGGUGCAUGUGACUAUAACUCUGUGAAGGAACACUUUGGGAAUAAGUCAGUCUCAAGCUAUUGUAUCUCAAUGUAAUGAACAGAUAUUUCCUCAAGUUGUAUCCCGGUUCAUUUUUAAAGGAAAAUAAAGACAGAAUUUUCUUUAGCAAA